CAACCCCGGGAAAACAAGACCGGAAGAUCUAUAACGAAAGUACGUCUGGCUGUGUGUUUACGCAGCCUCCGACCAUAGAUACUUUGUAAAACUUCAGGACAGACCAAACAAAACCCCGCAUGGACGUCGUCGAACCACCCGUCGAGUUUAAACCAUGAAGCUCCGCGUCCGUAUCAACAAGCAGACCUACCGGGUGGAGCUGGAGGAGGGGGCCGACGGAGCCUCCUUAACGGAGCUCACCAUCCGGAUCCGGGAGGUGCUGCUGCCGUCGCAGGGUCUGAGCCCAGACACAGAGUUCACCCUGUCACUCAACGGCAAGGAGCCGCUCUCAGACUCGGGCCAGACUCUCUCCUCGGCUGGCCUCGUGUCUGGGGAUCUGGUCUGCGUGAUCCUGCCUCCGUCUCUGGCUCCGGCCCCGGGCUCAGCGCCCCCCGCCAGCGGUGCCUGCCACGCAGACCCACCAAGACAACAGCAGGCGUGUGCCACGGCUCUCCAUGAGACCCAGCCUGGUCCGAGUAGGUCAACAACAACCACAACCACAACAACAACAACACCAACAACAUCCUCCAGACCGGACCGGAUGGACGAGGGCCCCGCUGACCCGGUGGCGGAGGGGGGUGCCGGCCCCACGGGGCCCCUCUGCACCCAGGAGCCCAUGCUGUGCAGCGAGGCGGAGGACGGCCAGGCGCCGCUGUCCCUGGAGCUUCUGCACCGGGGUGUCCGCGGCGGCGGCGGCGGCGGCGGCGGCGGAUCCUGCGACCUGGUGCUGGUGGCCGCCCACGUGCUGAUGCUGGAGACGGGGUUCAUGCCGCAGGACAGUGGGCUCAGGGCUGGGGACAUGCCCGUCGGCUGGAGGUCCGCGGGCGGGGCCUAUAAGCUGCAGUACACCCACCCCCUGUGUGAGAACAGCCUGAUCAUGGUCAUAGGCCUGUCCAUGGGGCCGGUGCUGGUGAUCAAUGCAACUCUGAAGGUCAACGAGAAAGUCGACGCGGUGCGCAAGUUGUGUCUCGACCCCUCCACCUACGUGACGGACGUGGAGUCGGCUGAAGCCGGGGCCGCAGCGGUUUACAAGGCCCUGGCCAAGCUCUCCAGGACCUUCAAGGACCAGCUGGCGUACCCGUUGAUCGCAGCGGCCAGAGCAGCCAUGGCCCUGCCGCCGGCGUUCGGCCUGUGCGUGCUGCCGCCCGAGCUCCUUCUGCGGGUGCUGCGGCUGCUGGACGCGCCCGCCCUGGUGGCCCUCUCAGCCACCAGCCGGAGGCUCCGGGGCAUGGCGGAGGACUCCACGCUCUGGAGACACCUCUACGUACGCGACUUCAGGGGUCAAAGCCCCUCCUCGUCCACGGAGACCGACUGGAAAGACCUCUACAAAAGGAAGUACCAGACACGCAAGCACUACCAACAGGCCGCCGCCCGCCCCCCGCACUGGCUGCCCCCCCCCCCUCUGUACCCCGUGGUGCCCGGGUCCAACCCCUUCCACCCCCAGCCCUUCGCCCCGUACCCCCCGGGUAUCAUCGGCGGCGACUACGACCAGAGACCCGACUUCCCCCUGGGCAUGCUCCCAAGGCCGCGCUACGAUCCGCUGGGCCCCUUCUCGGGGGGCCUGGGGGGGCCCCCGGGAUUCAACCCGCCGGGGGUCGGGCCCUCACGGCGGCGGGGGGGGCCGGGGCCCAUCAGAGACAUCCGGCGGGGGUUCAUCUGAUGCUCAACGUGUUGACGGAUCGGCGGCCAUUUCAGCUUCACACUGCUCCCCGCUAGAGAAAAAGAUUAGAGCAAAGAUGGCCGCUGGGUGACGGGAGGCCAACGCGUGGGAAGAAAUGACCAAACUGAAUUAAAACCUUGAUGAGAGAAGUGUUUUGGUUCCCUGCGUGCAUCAGCCUUUUUCAGUUGCUUUGCACAAUUUGUCCCCCCAUUCAAAAUCAGAAGUUAUAGCUUUUUCUGCAACGCUUCACAGCUCAAGUGCUUAAACUGUUUUUGUGUCGCGGGGCUGUGCCUUGUUUUGCGUCAGGGCAGUUCCAUCUCUCAGCUCUCAGUUAAUUAAAUCAUCUCUGCUUAACGAUGUGACCCUUUGCCUUUGCGUAACGUGUAAUAUAACAUAUAAAUAUUAAAAAUAGAUGAUGGAUUGUAAUAUGGAACAGAGGUGUCACUCUGAAAAGCAUUAUUUUACCAAACACUAUACAUUAAAAGAUUGCCGUUUUUAUAAGUGACAUUCUUUCUAUCGUAUCUUUGCUUUUCCAAAUGGAUCUUUGAAAAGUAAAUUGGAAAAAGGUUAAGUUAAUCUAAAAUAAAUAGUUCAUCAAGCUAAUCCAGGCAUAUCUAUGGUUUGACAUGGAUUGAUAUAUAUGUUAUUAAAAUAUAAGUAUAUAAUAUCAAUAUGUCAGCAAGUGACAGACGGUACAGGUCUAUUCUUAGUUCAUAGUCAUCUUGCAAAUCUAUUUUAUUAGUCAUCGUAGAUCCUCGUUUGAGCCUAGUUUCCAUGACAGCUGUCUUGUUGUCUUCAAAUCAGAAGGCCUUAUCUCGCCUGAGGUCUACCUUCAGGAUGACAUCAUCCUUUGUCCUUGAGAGCAGGAUCGGUGAUAGUAAACGAACUCUGAUUGGUCGAAAUCUCAAGAGGGCCAGCCGAGAAGCCGGCCCACUGAUUGGAUGAUGUCGAUUCCACACAUGAUACAUACGAGUACAUAAGAUCUAUACGAUCUCUUUAAUAUAUAUUUAAUACCUAUUUAAAAUGAGCGUAAUCAUUAAUAAUCAUAAUCAUUUUAUAUUUGUCGUAAGAAAAGCAGCAGAUUGGUGAACGUUAUAGUUGGUCAUACUUAGAAACAAAGAUAAUAGGAGUCGAACAAAAUCAAU